GGUAAAACAAAAUGGCGGAUUUUCAGAAAACGGGGUCAGAGCUGCAGAUCAUAAAGCAGUUAAAAUAAACCUACAAAUGAAUAUAUACUGCAAUGAUCUAGAUUUGCAAAGAAGCCAUUAUCGCACAUUUUAAUAGUAUUUGUUUCUUUUUAAUUCGUUUAACUUUCUCCUGUUGGUGUUUAAGGGCCGUAUUUGUAGUUUUACAAAGAGAAGAGUGUCCAAAACGAACCUCUGGUUUCCCAGUAUGCAAGAAAGUGGUCAGCACAUUUUCCUAUAGUUGGAAGCAGAAGGCCCUGAUAAGUGCACAGGAUAAACUGAGUCUGCCCCUCCACAAGCUCAUCACGGAAUCCCCGACAAGGUGGGGAUCUCGACUGCAGAUGAUGGAAAGAGUCCUGGAGCAGGAAAAGGCCAUCACACAAGUCCUGGCAGCAGACAAAAAAACACGGCACCUUGCACCCUCCUGGCAAGACAUUGAGGUCUUUGAAUCUAUCACGGCAGCACUUAAGCCCCUCCAGGAGAGACAUACGUGAGGUGUGUCCUAUCUGAAGCCGGUCCUCCAUUUGUUCAAGAUGGAGGUUCUGAAAUUAAAUGGUGGCGAAGCCAACCUGACCCGAGAGAUUAAGAUGAGUGUCCUCAAUUACCUGAAUGACAAAUACACCGACCCUGAAACAGAUGAGCUGCUCACCAUGGCUACCUUUCUGGACUCAAGGUUCAAGACCACCUACAUGACCACUGAGAAGCUGGUGAAGGUGAGAGCUGCCUCCGAGACAGAAGCCCUCCUGGUAUGGGAAAUCAGCCGUGGGAGACUUCUCUCUUGAAAAGGACUAGAGUGAGAGAGAGAAGCAAGCUGCCACUGCUCCACAAUUCGCAAAGAAGUCCAAGAAGAGCCUUGGGAGCUUCUUUAAGAAAAGCAGUAGUACACCUGCCUUAAGAACCCAGAGACAGGUCAUGGAGCGAGAGCUGGACAGCUACACUCUGAUGAUGGCAGCAGACAGUCAGGCUGAUCCUUUGGAGUGGUGGCGAGUUCACACUUCCCACAACCACCAUGGCUGAGGAGCGGAGGCCGAAGCAGUGCACUGUGGUUCUGCCCACGGAGUCAAUGAAGGCCAUGGCAGAGUCCAUAGGAGUGGGGCAGCUACAGGAGGAGAGCUGUGCCACCCUGAGCGAGGAGGUCAGCUACAGAAUAAAGGAGAUCGCCCAGGACGCGUUGAAGUUUAUGCACCACGGAAAGAGAUGUAAACUGACGACCAGCGACAUAGAUCACGCUCUUAAACUGAAGAAUGUAGAGCCUCUCUAUGGCUUCCAGUCGCAGGAAUUCAUCCCGUUCCGCUUCGCCAGUGGAGGAGGGAGAGAGCUUCACUUCUACGAGGAGAAUGAGGUGGACCUCAGUGACAUCAUCAACACACCCCUCCCUAGAGUCCCCCUUGACGUUUCUCUCAAAGCUCACUGGUUAAGUAUUGAAGGUGUCCAGCCUGCUAUACCAGAGAACCCACCCCCAGCCCCCAAAGAGCAGCAGAAGACUGAAUCUACAGAGCCUCUCAAAGCGGUCAAGCCUGGUCAGGAGGAGGAGGGCUCCAUCCAGAAGGGCCAGGGAGCUACAUCUGCAGAGGCUAAAGGUAAGAAGGAUGGUCUGAUGAGGAUGAAGCCUCGCAGUACUCACGAGCUCUCAGUGGAACAGCAGCUCUACUACAAGGAGAUCACGGAGGCCUGCGUCGGGUCCUGUGAGGCCAAGAGAGCUGAGGCUCUACAGAGUAUCGCCACAGACCCCGGGCUCUACCAGAUGCUUCCCAGAUUCAGCACUUUUAUUUCUGAAGGGGUCCGUGUGAACGUGGUGCAGAACAACCUGGCCCUGCUCAUCUACCUGAUGAGGAUGGUCAAGGCCCUCAUGGACAACCCCACGCUCUACCUAGAGAAAUAUCUGCACGAGUUGAUCCCAGCGGUGGUGACGUGUAUAGUGAGUAAGCAGCUGUGUUUGCGGCCUGACGUGGACAACCACUGGGCUCUGAGGGACUUCGCUGCCCGUCUGAUGGCCCAGAGCUGUAAGACCUUCAGCACCACCACCAACAACAUCCAGUCACGCAUCACCAAGACCUUCACCAAGAGCUGGUUGGAUGACAAGACUCAGUGGACGACACGCUACGGCUGUAUCGCUGGACUGUCUGAACUAGGACCUGACGUGAUCAAGACGUUGAUCCUGCCCAGGCUCACUGUAGAAGGAGCUCGUAUCAAAGCAGUGUCUGAUGGACCUGUUGUCUCCAACAUUGAUAAGAUAGGAGCAGACCACGUCCAAAGCCUUUUACUGAAACACUGUGCCAGCGUCAUCGCUAAAACCCGUCCCCUGCCUGACAACGUGGAGCAGUACCGGGCAGACUACGGUUACCUUGGGCCCAUGCUGUGUUCUCAUGUGGUCAAGGCCAGGGCCCAGGCAGCACUACAGGCCCAGCAGGUCAACAGAACCACACUUACCAUCACACAGCCUCGGACCACCCUAACUGUGUCUCAGAGCGGAAUAGGAGGGUCAGGGGGGUCCCGUACCCCCAGCAUCAUCAAGGUACCCAGCUCCCUCACCCUCAUGUCCACCCGACCAGGCACCCCAACGCAGCCAUCGCCCCCGGCAACCAAGUACAUCGUCAUGGCAACCAGCUCAGGGGCAUCUUCCACCCAGCAGGUGAUCACUCGGACUUCCUCCUCAGUGACCAGCACGGUCGCCAGCGCUACCUCCACGCUGCAGCCUCUGGUCAAGCUGGAGUCUGGAGGGGCCGGUGGCCUGGGGGGGUCGCGAUCCCUCCAGAAGUACAUUGUGGUGUCCCUCCCCUCGUCCUCCUCUCUGGAAAGUAAGAGUGGCGUGCUCCUUCCCUCUUCCACCUCCCCCAUCUUGCUGGAAGCCGAGGUGAAGAUGGAUUGCUCAGACUCCCCCGGCGCCAGCACACAGUCCCCGCACUGAGACUCUGGGUGUGUCCCAAAUGGCAAACAAUUCCCUUUAUAGUGCACUACUGUUGACCAGGGCCCAUAGGGCUCUGGUCAAAAGUAGUGUGCUAUAUAAGGAAUAGGGUGCCGUUUGACACAGACACUGGCUUGAUAUUGGCUGAGUGGGGUAAGACAGCCAUCUGAUGGUAAUAACAGAGACCUCUACUUCUGAUUGGACAGAGACUAGGUGCCUGGGAGCGAGGACUUUUGGUGCAGGUGUGGAAACUAGCUUCUGGAGUAGCAAAGGAAUUGUCAGAAAACGGGGGAUAUUACAGUCGCAAGAAAAAGUAGGUGAACCCUUUGGAAAUACCUGGAUUUCUGCAUGAAUUGGUCAUAAAAUUUGAUCUGAUCUUCUUCUAUGUCACAACAAUAGACAAAUACAGUGUGCUUAAACUAAUAACACAAAAACAAUUAUGCAUUUUCAUGUAUUUAUUGAACACACCGUGUAAACAUUCACAGACCAGCGUGUAAAAAGUAUGUGAACCCUUGGUUAAUAACUGGUUGACCCUCCUUUGGCAACAAUAACCUCAACCAAACGUUUACUGUAGUUGCGGAUCAGACCUGCACAACGGUCAGGAGGAGUUUUGGACCAUUCCUCUUCACAAAACUGUUUCAGUUCAGCAAUAUUCUUGGGAUGUCUGGUGUGAACUGCUCUCUUGAGGUCAUGCCACAGCAUCUAAAUCGGGUUGAGGUCAGGACAAUGACUGGGCCACCCCAGAAGCCAUUCUGUUGUUGAUUUACUUCUGUGUUUUGGGUCGUUGUCCUGUUGCAUCACCCAACUUCUGCUGAGCUUCAAUUGGCGGACAGAUAUCAAGACAUUUUGCAGAAGAAUGUUAGGCUAAACUUGGGAAUUCAUUUUUCCGUCAAUGAUAGCAAGCUGUCCAGGCCCUGAGGCAGCAAAGCAGCUCCAAACCAUGAUGCUCCCUCCACCAUUCUUUACAGUUGGGAUGAGGUUUUGAUGUUGGUGUGCUGUGCUGUGCCUUUUUUUUCUCCGCACAUAGUGUUGUGCAUUCCUUCCAAACAACUCAACUGUAGUUUAAUCUGUCCACAGAAUAUUUUGCCAGUAGUGCUGUGGAACAUACAGGUGCACUUUUGCAAACUUCAGACGUGCAGCAAUGGUUUUUUAGGACAGUAAUGGCUUCUUCCGUGGUGUUUUUAAGUGGUAUUCUGUAAGUCUUUAGCUGACACUACGAUUCUUCUUAACCUCAUUGAGCAUUCUGCGCUGUGCUCUUUGCUGGACGGCAACUCCUAGGGAGAGUAACAAAAGUGUUGAACUUUUUUCAACAAUGUCUUACUGACUGAUGAAGAUCAAGUCUUUUAGAGAUACUUUUGUAACCCUUUCCAGCUUUAUGCAAGUGAACAAUUCUUAAUCGUAGGUCUUCUGAGAUCUCUUUUGUUCGAGGCAUGGUUCACAGGCAAUGCUUCUUGUGAAUAACAAACUCAAAUUUUGUGCGUUUUUUUAUAGGGCAAGGCAGCUCUAACCAACAUCUCCAAUCUCGUCAUAUUGAUUGGACUCCAGGUUAGCUGACACCUGACUCCAAUUAGCUUUUGGAGAAGUCAUUAGCCUAGGGGCUCACAUACUUUUUCCAACCUACACUGUGAAUGUUUAAAUUAUGUAUUCAAUAUAGACAAGAAAAAUACAAUCAUUUGUGUGUUAUUCAUUUAAGCAGAUUGUGUUUGUCUAUUGUUGUGACUUAGAUGAAGAUCAGAUCCAAUUUGAUGACCAAUUUUGCAGAAAUCCAGGUCAUUCCAAAGGGUUCACAUACUUUUUCUUGCCACUGUAUGUGAAAAUAUGAUUGAUAAUGGGGUUGGAGGGAGGAAGGGUUGGAGGGAGGAAUGGAUGGUUGCAUGCAGUAAAGUGCACAAAUUGCAUCUCUUUUUCUUAUUGUACAUAUAGUCACACUCGCCUGAAGCUGUGUGGGCAUUUAUAAUGGUUCAACCAACAUUCUAAUUGAUUUCAUGUUCCUUUUUUACACCCUAUAAUAAAACUGAUUUUGUAAUGAUUCUA